AUGGAUCCGGGUUCUUCGCUGGAUUACAAUACCCGCCACGGUAUCUGCAGCUUGAUAUUCCCCAUGCUAAUAUUGACUCUUACUUCAUCGUCCACGAGCACUUUCCGCCUCAGCCCCGGCAUAAUUUCGACAUUCUCCAGACUCUGGUUUACUCUCCGGACCCUCAGGGUGCUUCAGGUCCGCGAUGGGUCGACUUUGCAGGUGGUGCUGGUGAAAGUAGUGAACGAUCACCUUGCCAACAUGCUGGUAGUCGCUAAGUUCUAUAAUUCGCUGUACUACAACCACCGGAAAUCUGGAGUCGAUCCGUUCCGCUGCGUCGAGGAGGAAUAUACCCGGGAGACGGCGAUUUACCAACACCUGCAUAAGCAUGGUCUGAGUGACUAUAUUUCUCAGUUCUGCGGACUCUAUUCGCUUGACACGCCCGUUCCCAACAGAGGCAUGCGCCAAGUGCUUCUGAUCCUCGUGGACUUCAUGUCGGGGUUCCAGAUGGACCGUCUUCGUCCCGGCCGACUUGCCGUGGAGACCCGGCAACACAUCAUGGAGCAGAUCGUCAGAGCCGGGUACAGAUUCUAA